AUGUACAAGUUGGGGGCAAAGGACUACAAAGUAACACAUCAAGUAUACUUUGAUAUAUCUCAUGGAGAUGAAGAUCUUGGAAGAAUAGUAAUAGGGCUCUUUGGAGGCAUUGCACCAAAGACAGUAAAAAAUUUUGUUACUAUUGCCACAAAAGGAGUUGAUGGUAAAACGUAUGCUGGCUCAGGAUUCCACAGAGUGAUUAGGAAGUUUAUGAUUCAAGGUGGUGACAUAGUAAACCAUGAUGGUACUGGAUCAACAAGUAUUUAUGGAAAAUAUUUUGAUGAUGAAGGCUUUGAGUUGACACACAGUGGGCCAGGAUUUAUUAGUAUGCUAAUGCAAGUUGUCACUGGGCAAAAUGUUGUUCACGUGAUAGAACAUGUUCCUACUGAUUCGAAUGACCAUCCACUGAAGCCAGUUACAAUCAAAGAAUCGGGCACCAUAAACACACCUGAGCCAUUUACUAUUACUGAUGAUCUUUAUGAGUAA